GGUGGGGGCGGAACUCUUUUUCUGGCCCGACAGCAGCUGGGGGCCUUCGGGCGGCAUGGGUUGGUUUCAGGAUUUGUUCCGCGUCUUGUGGAGACCGCUGUCAAAGGAAGUGAAGGAGCUAGUGGGCACAGACCGGUUCGGCAACAAAUACUACUACAUCCCGGAGUACAGGAACUGGAGAGGACAAAUUAUUCGAGAGAAAAGAAUUGUAGAAGCAGCAAAUAGAAGAGAAAUAGACUAUGAAGUAGGAGACAUCCCAGCAGAAUGGGAAGCUUGGAUUAGAAAAACAAGAAAGACUCCACCUACCAGUAAGGAAAUACUAAAAAAUGUAAAAUAUAGAGAAGAAAUUAAAAUGAAAAGCAAAGAUAUUUAUGAAGAAGAAAAACUCCUUGAUGAAGAGAGCAACAAGGAACUCUUGGCUCCACCAGUCCAAACUCAGAUUAAAGGUCAUGCCUCCGCUCGGUACUUUGGAAAAGAAGAACCCUCAGUGGCUCCCACCAGCACUGGUAAAACCUUUCAGCCAGGAUCCUGGAUGCCGCAAGAUAGCAAGAGCCACAAUUAAUAAAUGCACUGUGGUAAAAUCAUUUCAUUUUUAUGCAUGUGACUAUUUUAACAAAUAAAAGUUACUUUGUAUUUUCCAACUGUA